AUGAAUCCAGCUGUUCAAUAUCUCAUCACGCACAGCUUCUGGCGCCAUGACUACGAUGUCAGCACACCAACCAAAAAACGCCUGUUCCACGUAAACAACUCAUCCUUCACGCCAGGAAAGCCGGAUCUUACUUUACAUCGCAGCUCUGACUCCAAUGGACCCAUCGUGGGAGUUUGCAAGUUCCGACACUUCUCCUCAGACUGUGAAAUCGGUACAGGGAAUCCCGAACAGUCCGGCAAGAUGAACUGGGAGUACCUGCACGCGCAAGGCUUUACGAAGCGCAUAUAUUGGUUCCGCAUGCAGAUGGACGACGGCACAAAAAGGAAAUUCACUUGGAAACGAACCCACUCGCUUGGCAAUGGCUAUAAAAAUCAUAAAUUGGUCGAAGAGUCCAGCCAGACCGUCGUGGCGGUCUUUUCUUCUGGCAGCAUCUGUUCCAAAACAACCGGCCACCUGGAUAUCUACCAGAAUCUCGGCUCGCGGUUCAAUCUCCUGGCACUCAUCUCAGGAAUUACUGUGCUCGAGAAAGCGCGACGAGCGAGAAAUAGUGCAGCAGCUUCUGCAAGUGGGGCAUCAGGGGCAGCAGCAGGCGGAGGAGGAUGUUAA